UCUAGAGAUCUUCCUGCCUGCUGAGUUUCUGUAGUGGGCAAAAUUUUCCCGGGAAAAUGUCAUCGCUGGGAACAUCAAAGGGCAUUUUGGAGAUCGCAAAGUUCGGUGUUUAUGUGACCGUUCCUAUCUUUCUUAUGUACACUUUCGCCAACAAUACCAAGAAUAUCCAGAAAUUCAUGGGCAAUCGGUCAUACAUAGUUUAUCCCCCAGAGGGACCAAGGCCUCCGUCACCAGAGGAGCUAAGGGAGAUGGCCCGAGAAUUAGCUCGCGAGAGAAACAAGCGUAAAUAUGGAUGACUUUUGUAGCCUUUCAGCUGUGGUAAUGUUCAUAACUUAAAACAAUAAAUUAUGUAACAUGCAGAUGUAUACUUCAUGGAUCUCCUUUCACUGAUUAAAUAAUUUGCCCUGUUUAGAUAA